AUGCUUGGAGUUCAGUUGUCAGAAACCAUAUUCAAGUUCCUAGUUGAUUUUUCUUCUUUUCUAGGUGCGCUGUCGUUGGGAUGCUGGGUUGUUUUGUUAAUUCCCCAAUUACUGGAAAAUUACAAAAAUCAAUCGAGUGACAGCAUCUCUCCAUUAUUCCUCAUUCUGUGGUUAGUGGGUGAUGUAUUCAACAUCAUUGGUUCUGUCUGGGGGAACGUUUCUUCAACAGUUUUGGUGCUUGCAGUUUAUUAUAUUGGUGCCGAUUUUGUCUUGCUCUUGCAGGUGUAUUACUAUCGCUGGAAAGCGUUUCGCAAAUCUAGACAAGAGCAUGAACCCUUACUGCAAAGCCGUUCACUAGAAGAAGGUCUUCAUGAACCAUUAGAUGAAAACUUGAUAUGGUGGGAUCGUCUCUCCCUUCGUGGACAAUUCGGGUGCAUGGCUUGUGUAGUACUCAUAACCACAUUUAUUGGAAAUGUUUUAAUAAACAAUGCCACUUCCGAUAACAGUGAUGAUCAAGUAAAUAAAUGGCCUUUUAUAGCUGGCUGUAUUAGCUCGAUUUUAUAUUUCUUUGCGAGAUUUCCUCAAAUCAUAAAGAACUACAAAUCCAAAUCCACCGAUGGACUUUCUAUUAUUUUCUUUAUUCUUUCCAUGCUAGGAAAUACAGCUUAUACGUUGAGUAUCUUGGUGUAUCCCGCAUCGGACUAUAUGAAUUACUUCAGGACGAAUAUCCCAUGGAUAUUUGGCGCUUUCAGUACCAUUUUCUUAGACCUAUUCAUUUUCUACCAGUUUCUGCUUUACCGUCAUCACUCACAUUUUUAA